GAAUGUUGUUUUUAGAGAGGCGCAGAAGGCAGGAGAGUGUCUGUGAGAGUCAAUCUAACCCUGUCAUUCAAAAUCACCAGUGUUGACUCCAGGAUGGGUGAAGACUCUUCUCACGCAGAGCGAAGCACCGCUACCUUACCUAGGGAGGAAAGCACCCCAACACCACCAGUCCCAGAUGCUCAGGAUGCUCAGGAUCUCCUCAUUCCGAGCUUCAGUCCCAGCUCGGUGCCCUCUUCCCCCGCCCACACCCUUUCCCAUAUGGGCUCCAAGUCCUUGACCAGCCCCACAGCCCCUGGCGGCCAGGUCAGCGCCAUCACGGUGGUGGCUCUGCUCGACAAGCUGAAGGUGAUGAUCGAGACAGUGCAGGAGAACCAGCAGAGGAUGGAGAAGAAGCAGGCCGAGCUGGAGGGGGCGGUGAGGACGGUGCAGGGUGAUGUGACCCAGCUCACCAAGAACCACAUGUCCACAGCCAACAGCGUGGCCAAGCUGCUGGAGCGCUCACGCAAGACUGGCCUCAAUGUGAAGGAGGUGAAGGAGCGCCUGGAUAGACAGAGCAGCCAGGUGAAGCAUCUGGAGGCCAACCAUGCCCAUCUGCUGAAGAGGAACCACUUUAAAGUGCUCAUCUUUCAGGGAGAUAAUGAAAUCCCCUCCACUCUGCUUACUAAAGAUGGCCUGGCCUCCACCUUUCAGGAUGAGAUUGCUCCAUCUGCACCAACUCCACUCACUGAUUUACACCAUUCUCAAGAUGAAGGCCUACAGACCAUCAGCCUCUCCUCUGAUGACGGUGAGGAAAAAGGAGCAACCAGUCUUCUAGCAGAGGGUGGCAAUGAGUCCCUUGAUUUGCAUGAAGAUAGUUUCCCAGGUAUGGGAAGCGAACGUCUGGAGCGCUCUCGUGCUGACAAGUUCAAGCGCUCCAGUCUGAAGAAGGUGGAUAGUCUAAAAAAGGCUUUCUCGAGAAGCAACAUCGAGAAGAGGAUCAACAGGAUCGUGCCUCCAGAACAGCGUGAGAAAAUCAAGAAAAGCUUCAUCCCCAGCCACCCGAAGAGCUCCUCUUCCAAGAGCUCGUCCUUCCGCGGCUCUCCAAUGUCCUGCAAUGACAAGAAGGUACGAGAUGGAGAUGCUGACUCCUCCCAGCACGCUGGGAGCUCACCCAGGAAUCUCAGCCCAGUAGAAGUUCCCAACUUUGGGGGACCAGAUGGUGAGCUGCCCCUGGCUGAGUUACACUCCUCAGAUGAGAAAACAAAUGGAGGCGAUCAUCACAACCCCUCCACCUCGGGCAGUGGGGAUGGACAGGUGUUCAUUUCAGAUAAGGGUGGAGUACUCGAGAAUGGUCCAUCUGCGACUCUGGCCGAAGAGGAAGUGGAUAAAGAAGAUGAUGACACUGAUGAUCAUGAAGAAAAUGGGAAGGAGGAAGAGGAGGAGGAGGAGAAAGAUGCUAAACCUGCAGAAGAAGCUUCCGUGUCUCUGCCAUCAGCUGCAGCUACUGUUAAGAUAACUUCUUAGAUAUGGUUGUGUUUCUAGCACUCUGACUUCAAUCCACUUCUGAGACUUCGGGAAGUUUAGUUACUCCCUUGUGCCACUGGUAUCUUGUCCCCAAGCUUGUUGCAUGUCUGCUAAAAUAACAUAUUGCCCUGAAUUAACCCCAAAUAUAAUGUAAUUAUAACCUAUUGUGUUAAGUUCAGAAAUUAAGCAUGUUCUUGUAGAAAGAAAUUCCAUUUAGUUUCCAUUUCAAAUAGAGUCUGUAUAAAGGCCCAGAGAAUGGUACAGCAGUUCAGACCACUGUCACCACAAUGAUACACCGAAAUAGCUAUAUUUUCCUGUGGGAGCCUGUGAAUACCAUGAAAUUGACUGAACUGAAAUGCCCGAACUCAUACUCUCUAUCGUUUUUUCUUUGUGUGUAGGAGAGGCAAUUUGUGUGCCAAUCUGUCCUUCAUUAUGCUGGAGGCAAGACUCUUCUCUGUCAAUGUACUGUAAAUAAGAUUUAUGGUUUUUGUAAGCAGUACUUAAUUUUUCACACAAAGUACUUUAAUGCAAAUACCAUGGUAUUUUUUGGUGUACAAUGUUGAAACCACUGUAUAAUAAUAUGGUAACCAACAACAUGAAACAUCAUUACUGUACCACCACAGUACUUUUAUACAGUAUAAAACAGACACAAGAGGUGAUAUGUUGACAAAGUUAUGUUUUUGUUUUUUGAAUUUGAAAUUUUAAUUUUUAGAAUGUUUAUUAAAAUAUUUAGCAGCA